UAACCUGUUCUGGUGGUGUCCAUGUUCCUCAGAUUAACAGGUAUGCCAAAGGGAAACUAUGAUCCCCCGGAUCCUCGUCGACUAUACACCAUAAUGUCAGCCGAGGAGGUAGCCAACGGGAAAAAGUCACACUGGGCUGAGUUGGAGAUAUCAGGUCAGGUCAGGAGUCUGAGCUGCUCUCUGUGGACCCUCACUCACUUGACGGCUCUACAUAUCAACGACAACAAUCUGAGUCGCAUCCCGCCUGACAUCGGCAAGCUGCCACACCUCAUCUACUUGAACCUGUCCUCCAAUAAGCUCCGGAGCCUGCCCGCCGAACUCGGAAACAUGGUGUGUCUCAGAGAAUUGCUUAUAAACAACAAUCUUUUACGAGUUUUACCUUAUGAACUCGGGCGGCUUUUCCAGUUACAAUCCCUGGGGUUAAAAGGUAACCCUUUGUCCCAAGACAUUCUCAACCUGUACCAGGAAUCAGACGGGACCAGAAAACUGUUGAACUACAUGCUCGACAAUCUAGCAGUGCACCCAGAACAACUACCCCAGAGACCUUGGAUCACCUUGAAGGAGCGAGACCCAAUGACCCCAACAGCCAUGUUCACAGUGAUGUGUUACAACGUGCUGUGCGAUAAGUACGCAAUGCGUCAGCUUUACGGCUACUGUCCCUCCUGGGCCCUCAACUGGGAGUACAGGAAGAAGGGCAUCAUGGAGGAGAUUACACACUGUGACACUGACAUCAUCAGUCUACAGGAGGUGGAGACGGAGCAGUAUCACGCUCUGUUUCUGGAGACACUGAAGGAGCGUGGGUACCACGGGUACUUCUGCCCAAAGUCUCGUGCCAAACUGGUCUCAGAACAGGAGAGGAAACACGUGUAUGGGUGUGCCGUGUUCUUCAAAUUUACUCUGGUGCAGAAACACACUGUGGAGUUCAACCAGGUUGCCAUGGCGAACUCUGAGGGUUCAGAGGUCAUGUUGAACAGGGUCAUGACCAAGGACAACAUCGGGGUCGCUGUCCUGCUGGAGGUCAACAAGGACAUGUUCUCUGGUGGAGAGAAACCUCCGCUGCAGGAGAAACAGAUGAUCCUGGUGGCCAACGCUCACAUGCACUGGGACCCGGAGUUCUGUGACGUCAAGCUGAUCCAGACCAUGAUGUUCCUGUCUGAGUUAAAGAGCAUCGCUGAAAGGCACCAGAGCUCCGUGGGAACAGGUACCCCGACCUCUGACCCAGCCUCCAUCCCUAUCGUGUUCUGUGCUGACCUCAACUCCCUGCCCGACUCUGGAGUAGUGGAGUACCUGAGUAACGGUGAUGUAGCAGAGAAUCACAAGGACUUCAGAGAGCUGCGCUACAACGAGGCUCUCACCAACUUCAGCUGCCAAGGCAACGGCAGCAUCACUCACAGCUUCCAGCUGAAGAGCGCCUACCAGGGCAGCCUCAUGUCUUACACCAACUACACCUAUGACUUUAAGGGCGUAAUCGACUACAUCUUCUUCUCCAAGACUCACAUGUCUGUAGCCGGGUUACUCGGUCCCCUGGAGUCUCGGUGGUUAACGGACAACAACAUCACCGGCUGUCCCCACCCCCACAUCCCCUCUGACCACUUCUCUCUGCUCGCCCAGCUGGAGCUCCACCCGCCCCUCACCACCUCCUCCUCCUGCCUCAACGGCCUGCACCUGCCUGUCCACAGGUAGUGGUUGUCCCGACCACUCACCCUCUGACCCCUUUGAACCCCUAAUGCCCUGCCUCCUCUGCCAAAAAAAAAGGACUUUGUACAUUUUCUUAUCGUGUCCCUAAUCUCAAACCAUCCAAGGAACUCUGACACAGACAACCCAUUCCCCAAAGGAGUGAAGUAUUCUCCCCGUACUGCUCCUUUUUCUUUAACCUCCAUUUUGCACACAGAUUGUAUUUCUGUUUGUUUUGCUUGUUGUUUUUCCGUCCAUUUGAACGGCUUGAUACCAAAUCAUGUUUUGUGUUGUUUUCUGGUCAUAUGCUACUGCUGCUGCCCGUCUCCUUGGAAACUCCAAGUGUGUGUCAGAAAUAGCACCCUAUUCCCUAUAUAGUGCACUACUUUUGACCAGGGUCUAUGGCACCCUGUUCCCUAUAUAGUGCACUACUUUUGACCAGGGUCUA